GGACAGUUUCAGUUUUCAGUCAAUUUCAGCUUGUAGUAGUAGGUCAGACGCCGCGACGCGGCUGGAAAAGCUGGCGUACGUGUACCAUAAAGUGUUCGGUAUUUGAAUCGCGUGCUGUCUCGUGGACUGCGAGUGAAAUCGGUCGAGGCCAUAGGAAACACGUGUUGCAUAUGUUCAGAUGACUGUAGAGUUGAAACUACCAGGAUAACCGGGGAUAUAAUGCAUAGUUGUUGCUGCUGCAAAUUUUUAUCUAUUGUAUUGAAGAUCGUUUGGUGAAGCUUUAGAAGCUGUUCGAAGGGUCGAUAUUUUGCUGAUGAAAUAAGGAUAAAUCAUGGAGUUUAUAAACUAUAUUAUUUAUCUUGGAGGAUGGCGUCCUUACUUAUUCUCAUACGAGUGUAUCUUGGAUGUUCUCCAGAGCAGAAAAAAAUAUAAAAAAGAAAUGUCAUGUUGCGGCGAUCCGACAGCACACCAACCACCGCCAGUGGCGUCGGUCUCUGUUUUAAAAACACUCACGGCAUCGGGAGAAUCCGUGGAAUGUCCGGAUCCAAUAGUGGCUGCUGCGAUGUUGGAAGCAACGCAACUGACAGACAGAGAGCGGGAAAUUAUCCUGGGAGUCCUUGGAAGGGACGAAUUGCUAAGGAGGGAUCAGCAGCUGCGAGUUUUGCAAUUGAAAGCCGAACUACAAAAUCUAAGACGAAAAGGCGCAUUGAGACCAUCAACCGAUUUGGAUACCACAGGGCCGGACCAGGACCCGGACCGAUAUUGUAGGCGAUGCAGGGUCAAACUAGGGAGAGUCAUCAACAGAGGAGCUUACUGCAGGGCUUGUCGCUUAAAAGUCUGUAAAGCAUGUAGAGAAUAUUCACUUCGAACUACCGACUGGGUGUGCACAGUCUGCAAGAAACAAAUGGAGAUUCAAGCAGCAAGCGGAGAAUGGAUGAAUGAGUUCGUGAAGAGGCCAAAUAAGCGGCGUGAAAACCGAGUCUGUUUACCCACGGCUGAUAUUAUAAAAAGGACUAUACGGAGAUCGUGGACAAUAUCAAAUCCGACCCCAAGAUGGAGUGCAAUGCGCGGAUCUCCCGAACUUCGACCCUACAACAGUCUCCCACGUAAACAGAAUAUUAACAACUACCCAUCCUUAGCCUUACAUCAAACCAAGAAUCAAGAAGUACCCCUUCAAGAAGCUCCAUCACCAACAUACAGACGAAGAUCACCAAGGAGAACUCAGUCUGAAGACAUUUACGAUGACCAAAGUUUAUCAAGCCAAUACAGGGGUAUUUCUCCCAUAACUCAAACUGUUAACUCUACAGAUGUAGAUAGCCAGAGACAUUCGAGGAUGAAUCCUUUAAGCAAACUUUCGGAUGGUAGGCUGGAUAUUGAGCGACGAAGAUCGCCUAUGAGACGAAGUAAUGAAGGUAGUAGUGAGGAUGGGAGCUCCAAAGAGGAUGGAAGUCCUAAAUCUAAAGGUAUUUUGACGCCCGAAACCGCUCGAAAAUUCGAACGAAAUUAUAUCGAAAAGCGUGUAAGCUUCGAAAGUCAUGUCCCCUAUACGAAAAUGUCUAAACCGACUCCUGUUUUAAGAACUCAAUCGCUGAUUGAAGGACGAGUGCAAAAUCAUUUACCAAGCAGGUACUCAGUGCACCAAGAGGAUAACUCAGAUAAUUCAGAGGAAGCUACUCAGGCUGAUGUACAAGAUUCAAGAGAAGAAAAUAAUUCCAUAGAACUUUGUGAAAUCGAGCCUUUCAGUGGUACAGUUUUCAGAAAAAUGAUGGUCCGUAGACGAAGACAGAAUAAUGCUAGAAGUAUUUCCGGUUCCGCUACAAACUGUUCAACGACGGAAAACGCGAAUGUAGCAAUCUAUAGAAAUCCUGUCCUUGCACUAACCUUAACGGUGGCGGGCUCUACCAUAAUUUUCCUCAAAUCCAAAUUAUCCAACCAAUUGUCCUCUGACCGCAUCACUGGUCUGGUCCCAGGUUGGCGCAGAGGUCCAGAUUCCGAUCUUUGGGAUAUAUUGCUACCAGAAGGCGACGACUACAAGCUGGUGUUCAUUAACUCAGAUGGAUCCUCCAAAGAAGAAACUUCGUCUAGAGAAGAAGACGAUAACGAUAGCACCUCAACUACGUCGAGUUUUCCUAUAGACGAAUGCGAUUGGGAUUAUUUCGAACCUGGAACUCGACCUACUCCUGUAAUUAAUUGGGGCUCUCCGUUCGGGUCUCCUAGAGUCUACAGAAGAGAUAUGGUAGAGAGUCCCAUUGGAUCACCGUUAGUCUAUAGGAGGCGCAUGCGCGAAUCAGACACCGGCACCGAUGAAGAUAACAUUAGACAAGAUAGCGGAUCUCCAGCAUCAUCAGACAGUCUUUUCCAAUCUAGAACGUUAUCGGAAGAAAUAUCCUUCGACACCAAUCAAUCCCGAAGAGAAAAAGUGUUGGAUGAUACAGCUGCUUUACAAUGUGUCCAUUCAGAAGAAGUUUUCACGAAACCCUCCUGUCAUGCAUGCGGUGCACAAACACAAUUCAUUCCUAUACCCGUACCAGUACCCAUCCCAUUCCCCGUGCCCACGUUAUGGCCCCCACAUGAGCCACCACUGAUGGUCUUCGGUGAACAACGGUUUCGCGUAUUACCGCGCAACUUGUGGCCGUACCUGAGUCAGUCCGCCCUUAUCUGGCCGACACUCAAUGCAAACGGUGGUAACGCCGGUACCACUAUGCCCGCAACAACCGACCGUGAUGGCUGCGCGCUUGGAACACACAAAGAACCCGAUAACGUACCUCCGGUUGUUGAAGCGGAAGAAAAUAUUACGGGGUACUUGGAGUGUGAAAAUCGGUACGCGUCUACUAGUGACUCUUCCAGUGAUUGUAGUGAUAAUUCGGGAUCUCGAGUGCGUCGGAUGUACAACGUUAGUGGUACCGAGCGGCAUAGCGACGAUGCUUUACCCAGUAGCAAUGUUUCUAGUGAUAAUGAUGAGGAGGACGGACGUAUGUCACAUAGUUCAGUCAGAGAGGAUGAUAUGACUUCGUCGGGAUCAGCUGAUACGGAUAGUGAUGAUACCGGUACUGUCGCCGAUCAAAAAACGAGGAGAUUUUCGCGAAUAUUCGUCGUUAAUAAAAACUUAUCCUCCUCAUCGAAUUCGUGUAGUUCUAGUAGUGAUACGGAUACUUCAGAUAACGACACCGACACGGAAUUAGAUUGCACUGUAAUUUUAACAAAUGUGAAGCAAUUAGACGAAAAAGAUGACGUCUGUGAUAGUAAAUCGAGUGAUAAAGCUACUGAAAACUCAACAAAGCAAAAUAAAGAAAAUUAUUUCUCAAGUCCCGGGUUAUCCGAUGUCAGUGCCGAGUCUGUGAACUCUAGUGAUGUCGAUCAAAUUAAGGAUUUCAACGAUACAUCAAAAGAUUUUAUCUCCAAAGAAAAUUACGGGGUUAAUGAACUAACAGAUAAUGUUGAUUCAUAUUUAUCCAAGGCAAAUGUAGAGAAAAAUUUAUGCAAAAAUAAACAAAAACUUUCCGAUGUUAUUAAUGAAAAAACUUUUUCAUUUGAUGAUUCUGAUUUGAUAGAAACGGAAUUGUACACUGACGAAGUUGCUGUAAUAAAAUUAACUAAAAGUGAUAUUGAAGCAAUUAAAAAAGAGUACGAAACAGAUUUACCGUUUGGUGAUGAAUUUAAACUCAAUGAGGCUGUACAUUUUAAAAUUAAUAAAGAUGAAGUAGACGAACCAGAAAAUAAUGUAAGAAAUGAGAAUGAAGAAAAAGAAUCAUUUCAAGGUUCGAAAAAAAUCUCAAGCUCUUCAAUUAAAUCUAAUUUAACAAAAGGAAAUACAAAUAAAGAUUUUGUUAACUUGAAAACAUCUAAAAAAUCUACGGUCACAUUCAAUUUAUCGGAGGAAUCGUCUAAUUUUGAAAAUGAAAAAUGUGAAAAAAUUACGACUGAAUUAAAUCCCGAUGACGAAGUCAAUGUGGUCUCAUCAGAAGUUAAUAACACUGCAAAUAUUAACACAAAAGAAGAAACAAAAAAAUCACUACUAUGUGCCGAUAAAGGUGAUGCUUUAAUUGCUCAUGAAAAAUUCGAAAGUACCAGUUACGACUACACCAACAAAUCUGAAACUAGCAGCGAAAGUUUAACUGAGGACCAAGUGCAAACUACUCACCCACUCCAGGGACAAAUCAAAGACAGCUCGGACAUAAAGGACAACGUAAUUACAACUAAUAAAGCAGUAUUAGAAGAUGAAAAAGGUAAGACAAAUAUUUAUAAUAAGACUGCAUGCUCUACAAUCAAAACAAAUAUGACAUUAGAUGGACAAAACAUUGAAAAUUUAGAAUUCAGAUCCAUUAGUUUUACUAACAUAUUAGAUAAUGAUGAUGAUAAUGGGAGUAACCAAAGCUCUAUAACAGAGACAACACAAAUUUCAGAUAAUGAUUAUUUGAAUGAAAUUGAAACACUUCUGGAAUCUUUCGACUAUCAAAAAACUGAUGAUGAAAUUACAGUGUCAUCAAUUCUCACUUCUGACACAAAUGUAACUGAUAAUGUAAGUGCAGAAAAAAUAACAAAUAACGAGUACCUCGAAAUUGACAUAUUUGGUGACCAUAUAAUUACUGAUCAAGAAAUAAAAGAACAUUUUAAUGCUUGCGAAGAGUUACCUCAUCCAAUUGAAAAAAUAAAUGAUAUUGACGAAUACAUUGACAUUGAAAAACCACUUUUGGAUAUAUCUCAAGCUUGUUCCAUCAACUAUAAGUCAAAUACAAGCAAUACUGAAGAUGAUAUUGCUGAUUUGAUGUUUUUUGAUGAGGAAGACGUUAAAAUAAAUGACUCUAUGACUAUAUCAGAUAAAGUUGUCGUUGAAGAAUAUAAUUUUCAGAAUAUGAGUGACGAUGACAAUAAUCAUGUGAAUAAAAAUGGAAUAAAGAAAGACAUUGAAACAAUAGCUGAAGGAAAAAAUAAAUUUGAGGAACUUAUCAACUCAUUUGAUACUGAUACUUUGAAAGACAUUGAAAAUAUUGAUGGAUAUGGAUACUUAAAAUUAGAUAUAAAUGAUGAGGAUAUCAAAAAUAUAACAGAUAAUGUAGAAGCUGUUGUAAUUAACAUUUCAGAUAUUGAUUUCACACAAUCAACUUAUUAUUUCAUAGAAUCAAAAAAAUCUGUUGAUAGAAAUCUUCACGACGAUAGUGCGGUGGAAACUUGCAACAAGAGCUCACAGAUUAGUGAAGAAAAUAAUAAUGAUCAUAUUGGAAAUGGAAUCCUAAGCUCAAAAGUUGUAUGUGAUGAUAGAAAAAAAAUUAAGGCCGAAGAUUCUCAAGAUAUUGUAAUUCUGGAUAACUUAGCUAACCUCGAUUCAGUUGAAAGUGAAGUUGAAGAACAGAAUGAUUUGCUUGGCACUAGUACUUCAAUUACCAGGUUGGUACUAAAAGCAAAUGAAUUUGAUAAUGACAGUAACAGAAUAUUAGAUACAUUAUUAGAAGAAUCAAAAAUGAUUGACCACAAAAAUGUUGAAAAAUUAGAUGAUACUUUAGAUUUGGACUUAAUAAUACCUUCGAAGAUCGAAGAAAAUUACAGUGCCAUUAAAAAUCAAAAUGAAGUAUUUUCUCACAUAACAACUGAAAUACUUGGUGCUGAUAUAAAAACCAACGAGGAGAUAGAAAUAAAGGUGGAUAACUUUAGUGAACCAAGUAAAAAAUGUAAUGAAAACUUUCAAACUAUCGAUGCAGGAUUGAAUUUAAUAGAUACUACAAGGAAUGUUGACAGUGAGAGUGGAUUUACUCACGACAAUGAUCUGCUAAAAAAUGAAACAAUUUUGACUGGUUUUGUAGAACCAACGACAACCGAUCUUCUGUUAUCACUUCAAAAUAAAAAAAUUAAAGAAAUUACUGAUAAAAGUGUGACUAAUAGCAGCAAAAUCAAUACAACACCUAGCGCACCAAUGGGAGGUCAAGAAACAGCUGUUACUGACAAUAUUCAUGAAAAUGUAAAACUAUUUGAUGAAUUUGGUGCCAAUAAAAAGAUAGAGUAUGGAUUACAAACCAUUGCCCCCGUAUUAGCCAAUACAACUGAAGUAUCACACAACUACCAAGAAGAAACAGUGAACGAAUCACAUGAUAAUUAUGCGUUUAAUUCAGGAAGUAUCGAUAAAAAUACAAGAGAUCCAUCCGCACAACUCGAUGUGAAAUUCGAAAUAAGGGCUUACGAUACGAAAGAUAUCGAUUUGAAUAGAGAAGCUGAAAAAUCAGUAACCACAAACGAUUCACCUAAUGAAUUAGAUACAGUUGUAUCACCCUGUUUGAAAUAUGAACUAAAUGUUUUCGAUUUAGAUGAGAUUGACAUCCACGAAAAAUGCGAAAAAUCACCAAUUAUUAGCGAUACACUUGAUACAAUGAGCACAGCUGUAUCACCUAAUAGGAGAUUCAAACUAAGCGCUUUUAAUAAUGAGGAGAUUGAUAUCUAUGAAGAAUCCGAUAUAUCACCAAUUAUCAGCGAUUCAUCUCAUACAAUAAGUACGGCUGUAUCUUCCUGUAUACGAUUCGAACUUCGUGAAUCCGAUACGGAAGAAAUCGAUAACUAUGAAGAAACCGCAAAAUCACCAAUUAUCAGCGAUUCACCUGACACAAUAAGCACAACUGUAUCACCUUGUAUGAAAUUCGAACUAAGCGGUUUUGAUAAUGAGGAGAUUGAUAUGUAUGAAGAAUCCGAUAUAUCACCAAUUAUCAGCGAUUCAUCUGAGAUAAUGAGUACGGCUGUAUCUUCCUGUAUGCAAUUCGAACUUGAUGCAUUCGAUAAGGAAGAAAUCGAUAUAUCUAAAGAAACCGCAAAAUCACCAAUUAUCAGCGAUUCAUCUGACACAAUAAGCACACCUGUAUCACCUUGUAUGAAAUUCGAACUAAGCGAUUUUGAUAAUGAGGAGAUUGAUAUGUAUGAAGAAUCCGAUAUAUCACCAAUUAUCAGCGACACAUCUGAUGCAAUAAAUACGGCUGUAGCUCCAUGUAUAAAAUUCGAAAUUGGUGCAUUCGAUGAGGAAGAAAUCAAUAUUUAUGAAGAUACCGCAAAAUCCGAAGAAUCACCAAUCACAUGCGGUUCACCAGAUGAUUCAAGCACAGUUGUAUCACCAUGUAUGAAAUUUGAAAUAAAAUCUUUUAAUUACGCAGAUGUCAAUGUCUUAGAAGAAUCCGACCAAUCAGCAAUCACAACCGAUUCUUGUGAUGAAGAGAGCACAGUUGUAUUACCCCGUAUGAAAUAUGAAAUAAAAUCUUUUGAUAACGAAGAUGGAAAUGUAGAAGAAUCCAACAAAUCAGCAAUUACAACCGAUUCUUGUGAUGAAGUGAGCACAGUUGUAUUGCCCCGUAUGAAAUUUGAAAUAAAACCAUUUGAAAACGAAGAUGCCAAUGUCUUAGAAAAAUCCGACAAAUUAGCAAUCACAACCGAUUCUUGUGAUGAAGUGAGCACAGUUGUAUUACCCCGUAUGAAAUUUGAAAUAAUACCUUUUGAUAACGAAGAUGGAAAUGUAGAAAAAUCCGACAAAUUAGCAAUCACAACCGAUUCUUGUGAUGAAGAGAACACAGUUGUAUUACCCCGUAUGAAAUUUGAAAUAAAACCUUUCGAUAACGAAGAUGGAAAUGUAGAAGAAUCCGACAAAUCAGAAAUUACAACCGAUUCUUGUGAUGAAGUGAGCACAGUAGUAUUACCCUGUAUGAAAUUUGAAAUAAAAUCUUUCGAUAACGAAGAUGGAAAUGUAGAAGAAUGCGAAACAUCAGCAAUCACAACCGAUUCAUCUGAUGAAUUGAGCACAGUAAUAUUACCCUGUAUGAAAUUUGAAAUAAAAUCUUUUGAUAAUGAAGAUGGAAAUGUAGAAGAAUCUGACAAAUCAGCAAUCACAUCCGAAUCAUCUGAUGAAUUGAACACAGUAGUAUUACCCUGUAUGAAAUUUGAAAUAAAAUCUUUUGAUAAUGAAGAUGGAAAUGUAGAAGAAUCUGACAAAUCAGCAAUCACAUCCGAAUCAUCUGAUGAAUUGAACACAGUUUUAUUACCUCGUAUGAAAUUUGAAAUAAAAUCUUUCGAUAACGAAGAUGCCAACAUCUUAGAAGAAUCCGACAAAUCAGCAAUCACUUGUGAUGAAGUGAGCACAGUUGUAUUACCCCGUAUGAAAUUUGAAAUAAAACCUUUCGAUAACGAAGAUGGAAAUGUAGAAGAAUCCGACAAAUCAGAAAUUACAACCGAUUCUUAUGAUGAAGUAAGCACAGUAGUAUUACCCUGUAUGAAAUUUGAAAUAAAAUCUUUUGAUAACGAAGAUGGAAAUGUAGAAGAAUGUGAAACAUCAGCAAUCACAACCGAUUCAUCUGAUGAAUUGAACACAGUUUUAUUACCUCGUAUGAAAUUUGAAAUAAAACCUUUUGAAAACGAAGAUGCCAACGUCUUAGAAGAGUCUGAUAAAUCAGCAAUCACAACCGAUUCUUGUGAGGAAGUGAGCACAGUUGUAUUACCCCGUAUGAAAUUUGAAAUAAAAUCUUUCGAUAACGAAGAUGGAAAUGUAGAAGAAUGCGAAACAUCAGCAAUCACAACCGAUUCAUCUGAUGAAUUGACCACAGUAGUAUUACCCUGUAUGAAAUUUGAAAUAAAAUCUUUUGAUAACGAAGAUGGAAAUGUAGAAGAAUCCGACAAAUCAGUAAUCACAUCCGAAUCAUGUGAUGAGGCGUGCACAGUUGUAUUACCCUGUAUGAAAUUUGAAAUAAAACCUUUUGAUAACGAAGAUGCCAACGUCUUAGAAGAAUCCGACAAAUCAGCAAUCACUUGUGAUGAAGUGAGCACAGUUGUAUUACCCCGUAUGAAAUUUGAAAUAAAACCUUUCGAUAACGAAGAUGGAAAUGUAGAAGAAUCCGACAAAUCAGAAAUUACAACCGAUUCUUGUGAUGAAGUAAGCACAGUAGUAUUACCCUGUAUGAAAUUUGAAAUAAAAUCUUAUGAAAACGAAGAUGCUGACGUCUUAGAAUUAUGCGACAAAUCAGCAAUCACAACCGAUUCUUAUAAUGAAGGGAGCACAGUUGUAUUACCCUGUAUGAAAUUUGAAAUAAAAGCAUUUGAUAUCGAAGAUGCCAAUGUUUUAGAAGAAUCAGACAAAUCUGCAAUCACAACCGAUUCAUGUGAUGAGACGUGCACAGUUGUAUUACCCUGUAUGAAAUUUGAAAUAAAACCUUUUGAUAACGAAGAUGCCAAUGUAUCAGAAGAGUCUGACAAAUCAGCAAUCACAACCGUUUCAUGUGAUGAAGUGUGCACAGUUGUAUUACCCUGUAUGAAAUUUGAAAUAAAACCUUUUGAUAACGAAGAUGCCAAUGUCUUAGAAGAAUCCGACAAAUUAGCAGUCACAGCCGAUUCUUGUGAUGAAGAGAACACAGUUGUAUUACCCCGUAUGAAAUUUGAAAUAAAACCUUUUGAAAACGAAGAUGCUGACGUCUUAGAAGAAUGCGACAAAUCAGCAAUUACAAGCAAUUCAUCUCAUGAACCAAGGUCAGUUGUAUCUUCCUUUAGGAAAUUUGAACCUAUUUUCACCGAUUCAAAUGAUAUAACGAAGACAACUGUAUCACCUUGUAUGAAAUUCGAAAGAAAGCCCUUUGAAAAUGAAGAAGUCAAUGUCUUUGAUGAAUUCAAAAAAUCACAAAUCACAAACGGUGCAUCUUAUAAUAUAAGCACAGUUUUAUCACCCUAUAUGAAAUUUGAAAUAAAACCUUUUGAUACAAAAGAGGUCAAUGUCUAUGACGAAUCCCAUAAAUCACCAAUCACAAGCAAUCUAUCCGAUAAACCACCGAUCACAAACUAUCCAUCCGAUAAAUUGAGUACAGUUGCAUCACCCUGUAUGAAAUUCGAAAUUAAACCAUUUGGUGAAAAAACUAUUGACAUUUUCGAAGAAACCGAUAAAGAGCUCCAAACUGAAAAUAUAGAAGAUGUAUAUGAAACAUUCGAAAGAGUUGUAUCGCCCUGCAUGAAAUUUGAAUUGAAGGCAUUCAAUACAGAAACAAUAAAUGUUUAUGACGAAUCCGAUGAUUCACUUGAAGAUAUAAGAGAAUCAUGUGAAACAUUCAGAAAUGUUGUAUCUCCAACUAUGAGAUUUGAACUCAAAUCUUUCAAUACAGAAACAAUCAAUAUUUAUGAAGAAUCUAAUGAUUCAAAUCAACCUGUAGCUAAAAAAGGUCUUGAUAUUGUUCCAAAUAGAAAAGAUCUCAACUAUUUGAAAACUUCUAAUCGAGCUGUUGUAUAUUCAAGUAAUUCAUUUGGAGAUGAUGAUAUAGAUAUCAGCAGAAGUCACGAAAUUAUCAAAAGUUUUGACAAAGCCGGUAAAAUGACCGACUGCAUGCUUGACAUUGGAAAUGAAAUCGAGGAUAAUGUCGAUUUUCUAAAAAAUUUUGACAACAUUAAGUUGGCUCAAAAUUUCAAAUUUACAUUAAGAAGUUAUGGUGAGGACGAAUCUAAAAAACAUUUAACAAAUAAAAGAGAUGCCACAACCCCAAAUAUAAUUGAAAAGAUAUUUAAAAGAAAAAGAAUUUCCGAGAAUGAUGAAUCAGAAACACAUGAGAUAACAUCCGAAGAAAUAUGUGAGAAACGCUUAAACAAAGAUCUGUUAGUUAGCAAAAUCUCCAGCGAAAAUCCUCUCAUUAGCAAUAUCAGUUGUCCCACAAUCCCACAUACUGAUAACGACCAAUUAAUGGACACCGUCGACGUCGGGAAAACUCCAGUAGAAACGGCAGGCGCCGAUCACCAGCGUGCGCUUAGUGAAUGGAACGAGAUCCGGUCUAUCGAUGCCGUUAACGUAGAGGGGAAAUCGUUACCCGCUCGUAACGACGGUGUUCAACCAGGUGCGAUAGUCUGCGGCGAGGUUUUAUCACGUCAUGCAGCGCGUUAUACGAGUCUAGUGAUGAUAACUCAAGAUCCCGCCCCCAACUAUCAACAGGUUAGUGUUGUCACCUCUGAUACUACUACCUUAGUGCCAGGGAAUGAUGUUAUUGUAAGGCAUACCAAUUGGCAAGAAGAUGAAAAUAAACAGCAGGAAAAAAUACGUGAUAACCAUAAACAAGAAAAAGAGAGCGUGACCGUGAUAACUGGGGGCGAUACACUUUCAGCUUUCGAAGAAGGUCUAGCAGACGACGAUUCUUGGGUAGAAAAUCUCAGUCAUGACGAUGAAGACGAAGAUGAAUUCGCCACAAACUCCGGUACAGAGGAUUCUUCGUCCGGAGAAGAAGUUACACUUACUUGUUCUGCUGCAAUAGAUCAAGAAGAAGAUCUUAGAGGAUACCACAGGACUGCUAUCGAUUUUACUUUACAUACCAUUGUUGAAGAAAGCUGCGAAGAAAGUGAAGUAGAACAAAAUGUAUCGAAAAAGAAAGAGCGGCCUGCUUCGGCUACUGAUCUAGAAAAAUACUUUUUCUUUGGAUUAGGUGAUGGAAUGGGGCCUUCGUUGCAAUCUAACAGGGAAGAUGCAUUCUCAGAAACGAGUAGCAUCUAUAGUGAAGGAAUGGAAUCUCUUGGUAGUGAAGAAGUUCAAACUCCAAACGAUAAUUCUGAUCCGGCAGAACUUGCUUCCUCCAGAUUAGAAAAAUAUUUCUUGAGUGGAUUUAUGGGAUUUACGGCUGAAAGAAGGGAUUCUGAUGGAAGUGUUGGUAGUGAUAGUGAAGGCAGACCCAGUCCUGAACAAAGAAGAAAAAGAUUAGUCCGAGCUCGUGGUACGGGAAGGUCACAUUCAUCGUCAUUAGAUAAUUUAGAUAAUGCUAUUAGCGAACAAACAAUUGAAACUCAGAUGAGCUCAGAACAUUCCUCAAGUUCUGAUUCUGAAAACUACGAUGAAACUAAUAGUUUUGAAAAACCAGAUGGACAAUUCGAUACAGUUAAGAGAAAGAAAAAUAAAAAGCAUAAAAAUACGACAUCUACCGAUGAAUCGAAAAACUUGGAAAUAACUCAAGAAAUUGAAGAAAAAUGUAGCGAAAGCGACGAAGAUGGUCACAAAACACCACAACCAGAAGUUCAAUCACCUAUAUCGAAUUUAACCACAACGAAAAAUCAACAAAGUAGGGAUAGUGGUUUUGUAGGUAGUUGUGAUGAUUUGUUACGAGAACAGAGAGACAAUAGUACUCCAGAUUUCACAUCAGGUAAAAACGAAUUAAUCAAAACAGAGUUGGAAGGUAUAACAGAAGAAAAGAAACUAGAAGAAAAAUUGAUUUCAGUCUCCACUCCACCAGCAACUUCAUUAACAAGAAAAGAUAGUUUCAAUAAUUGGAGUUCCGAUGAAGAAACUAAUCUCAUGAUGUGUAAAAUGAGACAAUUUUUUAAAACAAUGGUUGCCAAUUCUCAAUUAAACGCCUCCUCGAAACCUUCCACACCUAACUUAAGUUGUACAAUUAAACCAGUUCCGAGUCCUCGUGCCAAACGUUGUAAGCCUCCUCAAUUAGUUUAUUUCGAAAACGAAUUGACCAGGUUAAUGAAAACAGUUCCCGGAAUAAGAGAAGAUCAAGUCAGAGAAAUUGUUGAGUACUUGAGUAGCGAAGAUACGUGGAGUGAUUCAUACGACUCUUCGGAUUAUACUAGUUCCGAUCUUGAAAUAACCACUACCAAAACAGUAUUACAACAACAAAUAUCUGAUAGCUGUAAACAAAUAAUAAAUAAAUUUGAUAAUAUUGUUGAUGAUGAAGGAGACGAAGGUGAUGGAGGUAUAAUCGAUGAAUCUCACGGAUUAAACAAGGAAACUGCAUUUGUGUAUCAAAAGCUUGUAGCUUCAUUCGAAAAAAUGGCAGCAGGUGAAAAUUCCGAUAAUAAUAUAUCCAAAGUAACUCCACAUAGCUCACCACCUUUGAUAGCCAAAGUAAUGCAUCACAUUGGCAGUCGAUUGGUGGCAUUGAUGCAUGAAGUGUCUAGUGGAGAGAGUCAUGCAAGUAAUUCACCAAAAACAAAACAUUACCACAGAAGAUUGCAGCAUAAAAUAUCUUCGGCUUCUAGUACAACCACCGAAGAUGAUUAUCCAGACGGAACUGGUGAUAUUUCGAAUUACGACGAACAUGUACCAUACAAUUUGCUUCCAAGAAGCCAAUCUCAUGAUUUAUUGGUAGGCGAAGCUCGUAUAUUGCAUCAAUCUACUAGCGGCGUAUCCGAUAUUACAGAAGAAAAAGAAGCCAGUGAUUGUGAACGAUUUAGUUGGCGCGGUAGUUUCGAAUCUGCUUUGCUUGCUACUGAUUCCCGCAAUAGACUUUCUCUACUAGGCGGAGAAGCUUCGGCGUCUGCGUCUGCUUUAGCUAUAGCCGCAAAAAGACGAUCAGCCGGUGAUUUAUUAUUUACCAAUAAAAGUCUUAGUCGAGAACAGUUAGAUAGGGUACGGAGUUGUGGGAGCAUCGGUGGGGCGAAUAGUGAAGAUAAACUUUGGGUGGCGUCCGCGAUUCGACCAAAUCGACGUCGUUCGAGCGUACCUGACGCUACUUGCGGUUCGGGUGGAUCUGCUGAUGGAGAAGACGAAGAUGAAGAUAUCGAAAGUAGAGCGACUCUACCUAGGAGUUUACAGGGUGGAACUCCUACUACGAACUCGUUACCGCGUCUUCCUACUACUAUUUCUUCUAAUAGUAUCCAAAAGAGUCAGAGUCAUCAUUUCUUAUCACAAAACGUUAAAAGUGCUCGGUAUCGUCCGCCGGGAUUUAAUAGGUUGAUGUCUAUACCGAAAAGGGCUGUUUCCGCUCCGGGACUACAACCAAGUCAUCAGAGACGAGGAAGGAGAUCUCAACAAAAUAAUGUUCCUAAUGAUGAAAGUGGAGUUUCUGAAGCUCAUUCAUCUCCUAUGCUUGCAUCACCCCGAAAUGGUACAAAAAGUGCUACCACCAGCCCGGUGACUUCCAUUUCAAAACGAAUCGGUCACGACUGGCAUCAUGAAGAAGAUCUUGACAGGAUAGUUAGUUUACACGGAAGAGCGAGCCUGUCCACUCUAGGGGCUCGCUCGGAUUCAAUGGCGAGCGUGUACUCUGGAGCCGGAGAAGGCAGGUACGGCUCAGUUGCUGUUAGGGGGCAAGUAGAAUUCGGUUUACAAUACAACUACAAAGCUGGUGCAUUAGAAAUUCAAAUUAAACAAUGCAGAGAUUUGGCGCCUGUGGAUAUAAAAAGGAAUAGAUCAGAUCCUUAUGUUAAAGUAUAUCUAUUGCCCGAUAAAUCAAAAAGCGGCAAAAGAAAAACGAAAGUGAAAAAACACACGCUCAAUCCGGUCUUCGACGAAUGUCUCAAGUUCCACAUUUCUUUAAACGGUUUAGAAACAAGAACUUUGUGGUUAACUGUUUGGCAUUCGGAUAUGUUUGGUAGAAAUGAUUUCCUUGGGGAGGUCAUGAUGACUUUAGAGAAUAAAGUUUUUGAUGAUCCUACACCCAAGUGGUACAAUCUACAAGAAAGGACGGAACCUUUCGAAGACGUUUCUUCAUAUAAAGGCGAUAUAAUAGUGUGUUUGAAAUUCGUUCCUCCAGAUAUGACAAUUCAAAAGAAAGGUAAAAGAUCAAGAGGAGCGCUACACGUUUUAAUUAAAGAAGCUAAAUCUUUAACUGCGGUUAAAGCUAAUGGUACAUCUGAUCCAUUCUGUAAAAGUUAUCUUCUCCCAGACAAGGGUCGAAGUUCCAAACAAAAAACUCCAAUUGCGAGACGAACAACCAAUCCGGUAUGGAAUUAUACUUUUGUAUACGACGACGUUUCAUUACAAGAACUAGCAGAAAGAUGUUUAGAAUUAACUGUAUGGGAUCACGAUAGACUGGCUAGUAAUGAAUUCUUGGGAGGUGUGAGGUUUUCACUUGGAACAGGAAAACAUUAUGGAAAGCCAGUUGAUUGGAUGGAUGCAUCAGGAAGAGAAAUGUCAUUAUGGAAGAAUAUGCUGGAGAAACCCAAUUUUUGGGUGGAAGGCUCAUUAUCAUUGCGAUCAUCUCUAGAGUCACGUGGAUCAUAACGUUCAUACUCGAUAAUUAAUGAAAAAAUAUGUUCGAAAUCCUAUAAAGAUGUUAUUAAUAAUCGAUAUUUUUGAAUGUUUGUUGAUAUGUUAUUGAUAUGUACAUGAGUUUAAAAAUGUAUAAUCAUUUUAAGCUGUAAGUAAAUUUUUAUUACUAGUUAUUUAAUGUAUACCUUUUUAGGUAAUUGUAAUUCUAACAAACUAUAUUUUCUUAUCAUAAUAAAUGUUUUCUAUGUU